GGUGGUUUUUAUUUUCCCAGUCUUUAUUUUUUUAGCAAAUAAUUUUAUUUAUUGUGUUCUGAAUUCCGACACACCGAGACUAACUUUUUUUGUUUUAUUUCACUCGCACACGCUCAAAGCUAACGAUAAAUAAAAUUUUUCUUCCAAAGGUCACCUUAAAGCAUGAAGUCUCUUCCUCCUCUUCCUCCUCCCUCCCAUCCUCCUUCUCAUCCAUCCACAUCAACAACAGAAACGGCUGAACCAGCAGGAACAGCCGAAGCAGCAACGCAGCGCGGCAAGAGAGACGACAAAAAGACAAUUCCGCUGCUACGAUCCUGCGAAAGAUGCCGGCGGCGCAAGCAAAAAUGCGGCGGCGAGCAGCCCAUUUGCGCACGAUGCAAGAGCCACAGCACCGAGUGCAGCUACCGCAAAUCAGGGCGGUUCCGCAAGCGGUUUCCAAACACAGAAGACCAGGGCCAGGAGGCGGGGCCAGACCUGAAUCUGAAGCGCCACAAAUUACACUUUGAUGCUUCUGACACGCUUCUUGCGGCAACAACCCUGUCGGCGCUCAGCACACAGCUGCCGGCGGCGGCGGCAGUGCAGAAAACAGCAGCGGCAGCAGCGGCAGUGCAGAAAACAACAAUAACAACAGCAGCAGCAGCAGCGCCAAUGCCAAUUUUAAUUCCAAAGCCGGUGCCGGUGCCAGCGCCAGCGCCAGCGCCAGCGACAAAGCCAAUGCCGAUGGCGUGGCAGUCCACCUGCAUAGCGGGUCUGUCGCCGACAUCGACGGACAUGACAGCGACAGAGGCUUUGGACCACAUGCCGACGACGGCCUCGGACGACCGGACAGGCACGGGCAUCGACCCGGUGGCGCUGCUCAAGUCGCACCGACUGUGGGACGCCACGCAGGGCCUGCCGGAAAACAUCGUAAGGCAGAUGUGGGCGCUUGUCGACGCGCCAGGCGCGGGGGCGCCGGCCUUCGACGCGCCAGGCGUGGGGCAGCCGCACUACCGGACCCAAAUGAACCAGAACCACAUGGGCCCGAGGCACGCUCACAACCAUAUGGGCCAAAGCCAAAUGGGCCAGAGCCACGCUCAGAACCACACGUCGCCAGCCGACGCUCGCACAGCAAAUUUCCUUUUGGGAGUCAUGCAGCGGCACGCGCUGGGCGGCGACACCAGCUCGGCACUGCAGCUGCUGCACCAGCUGCGCUCGGCGCACCGCGACAUCGGCAUCAGCGUCGGCACGCGGCAGUUCUGGGCGACGCUGGACGCGCAGAGCAUCGGCGACUUCGAGGUGCUCGCGCACGCAGCCGUGGCGCUGGCGUCGGCGCACGGGCUGGGCGGCGGCGGCGCAGAGGCAUUUGAGGCGGCGCAGCGCGAGUGGCAGCGCGGCGCCGUGCAGCCGACCACCGGCGCCGUGGCGGCGCUGCUGAAGCUCAGCGAGUACGGCCACCUGACGGGCCGCGCCGCCGCACACUGGGAAUUCGGCCAGGCUGCCGAGGCCGCUUGCCACCGGCUGCGCUUCCGCGGCCAGUCGUUUCCGUGGCGCAGCGCGCGCCUGCACGUGCAGGCUGGCCGCUGCGACACCGAGUACGAGCACGUGCUGGCCACGUACUGGGCCGCAUGGGCGCAGCUUGUGCAGGCCGCGCAGCUGCUCGCACGGCGGCUCAGCAACAACGGCGACGACGCGCCGGUGCCCGAGCUGCCGCUGCACGACGCGUGCCGCCACUUCGCGCGCUUCCCGCCAUCCGCGUGCCAGCACGCCGCGCACCACGCGUACCAGGCAGCCACCUGGCGGCUGCAGGUGAUCGUCGCGCCGUUGCACGCUGCGCUGAUGGACGUGCGCGAGGGCCUUGGCCCGGCGCCGCACUACCACGCGGCGCUGACGCGCUGGGAGGCCCACGCGCUGGCGUGGCGUGCCGCCUGGCCGCCGCAGUGGGACGCGCAGCUGACGCACGUGCACGCCGCCACCGCCGCCCACAAGCCGCUGGCCGCCGCCGACAUCUGGCUGCUGGCGCUGCACCUGGCGUACGAGUCGGCGCGGCUGCGCGCGCACGCCUUCGGGCUGGCGCUGCUGCACGGCCCGCCGGCGUCGCCCAACGCGUUCACGGGCGCCAACGCGACAUUAUCGCGCAGCAUCGUCCUGGCGCCCAACCUGCGGCCGGAGGCGCGUGCGCAGCGCUGGGGCUUCAACGGCCAUGGCUUCGACCCCCUGGGCGAGGCCAUUGUCCUGCACAAGAGCCAGUGGGAGUGCCUGGCGGCCGCCCGCCAUCUGCAGCAGCUGCUGGAGCUCGGCGACUCGCCCGGCGUGCUGCCGCUGGCCGACCUGGGCGCCUGGGGCAUCGGGAUCGUCGAGCAGAUCGUCGCGCUCAAUAGCGUGCGCAUGACGCAGGAUGCCGAUUCGCAGGCGGACGGGCUGAUGCGCCUGGCGCGGCUCCUGCGCUUGCUGCUGCCUGUGCGCCGCUGGGCCGUCACCCUGUACGUGUUCACCAGCGUUGUCAAGGCCUUUGUCGACGACGCCCACUGCGUCGAUGUCGAUCAUGUUACGCCGGGCGUCCUGCGCCCGGUGCAUGUCGCCAGCAGCCUGUGGCCGCAGACCCAUGUGCUGACCAUGCUGAUGGGCCAGAUGCGCAUUGCGCCACGCGACUUCUGCGCUUUGACCCUGCCGGUGGUAUACGCUGCGGUGCUGGCGACGCCCGAGAUGCCAAGUAGCCUGCGGAUGAAGAUCGGGUCGCUGAUCUCUUAAUCGCUUUUAAAGGUCAACCUAAUUUCUAUUACC